GAAGGAAUUGAAUAUUUAUUAGCAGAUUCUGUUGAAGAUAAAGAACAAAAUACUUCUAUAAUUCUUUUAAGAAAUCUUAACCUAACUGAAAGAUUAGUUAAUAGUACAAGAUUAAUAGUUAAGGAGUGUUACUAUUAUUUAAUUGAAGCUGAAAUAUUAACUGGAAUUUAUCAAGGAAGUAGAGUCUUUAUACCAAGAAUAAGAUUAUCACCAAGUAAUGCUAACCUUUUUCAAUUAGUAAAGAAACAAUUUCUAAUUAAAUUAUCUUUUGCAAUGACUAUAAAUAAAGCUCAAG